AUGCUGCCGUCGACGCUUUUUUUCGUCUCGAGCCUUCUCCAUUCGAGUUUCGGCUGUCCACCUCAACCUCUGGGCAAUUGUUAUGCUGGUUCGCGUCUAUAUUUCCGAUAAACUAUAAUUGAUAGGAAAAAUCAUUAAUAAAUAAGGCUUCACCGCCUUAUACGGAGUGUGAAGUAAGAUAGCUUUUCUGUAGAAUAACUGUAUUGGUUUCGAAAGUUGACUUCUUUGAGGUUCUUACCAGCUGUCGAACAACCUCGGAGGCUUCCGGAACCAGCCCUGCGGCAACGCUCUCAACCGCGACUGGUGCGCCGUCUCGUGAGUACUCUUCGGUCGAUUGAACUCUACGUUUAAAAUAAGAUCUUUUUCCGACCCUAGAAAAGUAGGAAACGACCUCAAUCACUGAAAGAGAAAAAACCGAACCAAAAAUCCUGUUUCAAUUAAAUUCCGAAGAAAACCUUAAUCAACAUCAAAUUUAAAAGGAAAGUAAUAAUUCUUGUCAGCAUUUUAGCCUCAGCUUCAAUAGUUAAAAAAAAAAAUACAAAAUUGUACUUUGAAAAUUUUACAUUCAGAUACCUUCCGGCAACUCAGCAAGCUAAUUUCGGCUGUGCGAACAACUUUCCUGUGCAGGUUAACCAAAAAUGUUGAAAAGUGCUUCGAAUUUUCUUUGAAGAUUUUUUUGAAGAUGUGAGGAAGUUUUUUUUUGUACGAUUUUCCUAGGAGCAUCUUCCUCAAAUUUCUAAAGUAGGUUUUGUAUGAAAAUGAAGCAAGGAUAGUUUCAAAGAAAUUUGAGAAUAAAUUAUUUUUAACUUAAGUUAACAGAGUAGUUGAGGUUGGGGGAGCCGUUUGCGGCGAGGGGCCGGGAUUCGUGAACCAACAGGGCUGCACGACGGUGAGAAAGUCAGAGACUCCGGAGUUUAAGCAUCUUCAGGUGAACACCGAGAAUGGACCUUGCUAUUUCUGCUGCUGUCGAGGCGGCAGCUGUAACCAUCCACAGGUGAAAACAUAACAGUUCAGAUUUUGUGGGAACGGAAAAAAAAAACCUAACUAACGUGCGAUGAGAAGAUUAUUCCAACCUUUUCUGACUUCCCAAGGAACUCUGCGAACAUUUCGACAUCUCAAACAUUGGGAUCAAAAUUUUACUAUUUUCAAAAUUCAAACUUAUUUUUGAACUGGAUGGGGGAGUCUUUCUUUCAAGUAAAGCCAAAAGAUUCAGAUUUUCGCGCGAGAAGCAGCCAAGUUCGGACUGGGACCGGCAGGUGGUCAGGCUGGUCCCGCAGGAUACAACCCGUACCCACCACAAGGAUCGUAUGUCUCCAUACCGUGGUACAGCGCCGCGAAGUCUUCCAGUUUCUCUUUUCUUUUUGUCUUCUUUGUCCUUGUUAGAGCCUGA